UAGUUAAUAUAAUUCCCUGAAGCCCUCGUCGAGGUCAGAGGUGAGGCCACGGACGAUGACGAGCAUGCGAUGCGAGCAAGAUGCAGGUGGUGUUGUCCACAAUGGCGAUAUCGAAGAAUGCCGUAUCUUGAUCGAUUGCAUGCGUGGGGGUCGCCAUUCCAGGUCGGGGAAGAGGUGAAUGACUAGAACUAUUUCUUGAGUUAUUUUUAGGCGAGAAAGAGGGGAACUCCAUUUCGAUGAUUUUGGUUAGUCAAUCACGUGAUGGUAUGGAACGGUAAGCAAAGCACGUGAUCUAAUCAGAAACUCAAAUUUUUCGUUGUCUCGUACAGCGACAGUUCAGCACACUCAGAGACAGCAAUCAUGGGCCGCGAACUACAGAAAAAGAAGAAGAGAUCUUCGAUCCCGAAGGUCAGGAUGAAGCCGAAGUCGAAGAAGGUCAACCCAUUGGGCAAUCCUAUCAUCGCAGCGAACUGGAAUCAGAACGAAACCCUUACUCAAAACUACCGCCGACUGGGUCUUACCUCUCGUCUCAACUCCGCAGCAGGCGGUAUAGAAAAGCUACGCGCUGGCAACGAAUCCAAGAGUUCUACUACAAGCAGACUGGCGAUUACGAACGCAAUCCCAAAGACAAUCGCGCCCACGGAAGCAAGAGUUCAGCGAGAUCCUGAGACAGGAAAGAUCCUGCGAGUCAUUCACGCCUACAAGAAACCCAACCCGCUAAACGACCCUCUGAACUCCGAUUCUGAAGAUGACGAGAUGGCAGAUGAUGGAGAGGAGUUCGAGGGGUUUGAAGGGGAGGGUGAGCCGAAGGAGAAGAAUGAGAUUGUAAGACAGUUGGAGGAGCAGGCAUUGAUGGGAGCAGAGAAGAUACCGAGGAAGCAGAGCGAGCGGGAAAGGGAAUGGAUUGAGAGACUGGUUGCAAAACACGGAGACGAUUAUGAGAGAAUGGCACGGGAUAUGCGGUUGAAUCCGAUGCAGCAAACUGCCGCAGACAUCAGGAAACGAGUCGGCAAAUGGCAGGCAGCAGGGGGCUCUGUGAGCCUUGAGGGAUGAAGCAAGACAUUUUGGGGCUUAGACAAAAGGCAUAUGGCUGGUGUAAGGCGUUUUCGGGCGAUAUCAGUUCCUGUCCUGUUGGAGGACGGCAGCAAUGCAAGCAUUCUUUCCGUGGCUUCGGCGCUGAAGUAUCAAGGGCAUCCACGUUACAAGGACUGUCCCAUGUUCGCCAAAACCUUCUAGAAGCAUGCUUGGAUUUCAAUUCCCGGACAAUCCCC